AGAGUUUGGCUGUGGGUGUACUUCUCCACCCGGUGGACAUCUGUGCGCCAUCAGCUGAUAGUAAAAACAAAAUCACAGGUGUAUCUGUAACAUACGUAGUGAUCCACCAGCAUAGCCGAUACCGUCAUAUGAAUCCAGUGAUCAUUUUUGUGUCCGCUUCACGUUUCUUACGCGAUAUCGCAUUCACUGUCAUCGUUCGCGCCCGUAACGUCGUCAUUCGCGAUCAUAAGAAUGAAUGAGAAAUAGUCACGUAUGUAGUUAUGCUCCGAGAUCUACAAUCCGCCUUCGGAAAUACCGUAAAGUUUCCACUUUUCCACAGAAUAAGAAGAUCUAGCCUACUUCUACGCAUCUUCAUUUGCAAGUUGCAGUUUGGAACAUUUUAACACUGGGCUGGAACUCUUGGACUUUCGUGGACCGAUUUCAAAGCUAAAUUCAUCGUGACUUAAAUCAGCCUCUUUCAGCGGCAAGGCUGGCGAUGGUGAACAGCCGGGUGGAGCCGGCGUCGGUGGCGGUGGCCGGGGGAGGGGGCGGCGGCGGCGGCGCGCCCCCUAGGUCGUGCGGAGGGUGCGGGGGCAGGAUCGCCGACCGCUUCCUGCUUUUCUCCAUGGAAACGUACUGGCACACGCGCUGCCUCAAGUGCUCCUGCUGCCAGGCCCAGCUGGGCGAGAUUGGCACCACCUGCUACAGCAAGGGAGGCAUGAUCCUGUGCAGGAACGACUACAUCAGGCUGUUUGGACACAGCGGUGCCUGCAGCGCCUGUGGUCAGUCCAUCCCCGCCAACGAGAUGGUGAUGCGGGCGCAGGGCAGCGUGUACCACCUCAAGUGCUUCAGCUGCGCCACCUGCAGGAACAGGCUGGUCCCGGGAGACCGCUUCCACUACGUCAACGGCGCCGUCUUCUGCGAGCACGACCGGCCGGGCGGGGCCCUGGUCAGCAGCCACCUGCCCCACCUGCAGAGCAGCGCGCUGCUGCCCGACCAGAAGGUCUGCUGAGGUUGCUGUAGUGGGUCCGAAGAUCAUCUCCUACCCGACAAGCCCCCCCCUUCCCCCCCCACCCCACACCCCACACACACACACACACACACACACACACAUAUGCCGCCCCGCCCCCAUCUCCAAGGGCAUGAUGGCUCCUGAAGUCUUAUCGCUAUACAGUAUAUAGUCAUAAAUCUAAUUAUCUCAUACAGAUGAAGAGAUUACGAUGACAAUGAGGACGAUGUUGACGGUGACGGCCAAACUGAUGAUGAGGAAGACACAUGUUCAUAACCCAGAGGGUGAGGGGCUGAGAAGGGCCUGGUUUGCCAGGGCUUUCCUCUUUCUUGAAAAACGGCAGACCAGGUUUUCUGAAACUGCACAGAGCGUUUUUAUUCGGCGCUGCUGAUCACAUGGGCGCUCAUGCGAUCACUGACACAGGCAUUAUCCUCUUAAGAUGUAGUCCAGCAAAGCUCUAAUGCCCCUGGGAGACCAUGUCAAGGAACUACAAAUCCCAGAAUGCCCCUGUGGAGGAAGCCACACAGGGAGAGCUGAGGUCGUUCUAAGGGCAGGCUCAGACAGACAUGGCACCCCUGUGCUGCCAGAACUUUGUCUCCUGUAGCCGAAUACCCUCGUACUUGACUUCACACAACGCUUUGCGAGCAGGGAGGUCCACCUCCGGUGCCAUGGAGACGCCCGUCCGCCUCAUUUUGUGCUAACUCAGCUUAUUUAGUUCACUCUGUUCCAUCUGAAAUGUUCAGUUCAUUAUGUGCUAUUCCUGCUGAUUUCAGUGCAGCCAGCUAAGCAAAAGCACUUAACACUUGCUUCUCUUCUUCUGCAGUUACUGUUUCUUAUACCUGAGGACAUUUAGCUGGAUGUAUCAUUAUCUCACACUCUCUCUCGCAAUACUCUUUUGCUCAAUUGUAAAACAAGUUUAGAAGUCUUUCAUAUGCCACACACAGAAUUAAAAGACAUUAGCCUGA